AUGAGUCCCUUUGAAGCUGUUUAUGGUCACAAGACCAGAGCUCCAAUAGAUCUCAUUCCCAUGACAGUUUCACAUAGGCCAUCACAGUCAGCUAAUGAAUUUGCACGUCAUAUUCAUGAGCUGCAUGCUGAGAUUUAUCGUCGGAUUAACAGGAGCAAUGAGCAAUAUAAAAAGGCUGUUGAUGUACAUCGAGCAUUCAAGGAAUUUUCAGUGGGAGACUUUGUCAUGGUUCGAGUUAGAUUUGAACGUUUCUCUAAAGGGAAGGCAAAGAAGUUACAAACUCGCAGCAUUGGACUUUUUAAAGUAUUGCAGAAGGUUGGAACCAAUGCAUAUGUGUUAGAACUCCCUCCAGAAAUGGGAAUCAGUUCUACUUUUAAUGUGGAGGACUUACUGCCCCAUAGAGAACCUAUGGUGCCUGUGUUGCCAUUUUCUUCUAAAUUUUCACCAAUCACCCCACCUUUGCCUCGUUCUAAAGUUCCUAAGAGAGAUGUAGUGGAAAACAUUGUGGAUGAGCAGGUUGUUUCGACAAGACAAGGUGGCUACCAAAAGUACCUAAUUAAAUGGAAGGACAGACCAAAUUCUGACAACACUUGGGUAACUAAGGAGGAGCUGCAGCGCAUCGAUCCAGAUAUUCGGGAAAGAUACUACAGCUUUAUCUCACCGGAGGUGAGUUCUUCCUAG